AACAGUGCACUUCCGGGUGUAGGCAGCAGCGUGUGAAUAUCAAAUAGCUGACGUAACAAAACUUGACAUUAAGUGAAAUAUACAAUGUAUUGAUAAGUUUAAUGUUUGAGAUACUAUAUUUUAUAUAUAUUUAAUGCCGGUGAAUAUAACGUCAGAGAAUAAUUUUGCUCGGAGUCAAGGACGAGGAAGUCAGCUACGCUAGCCUAGCUCGGACCGUCUGUGUUGACAUUCAUCAAUUUAGAAUGAAACUGAUGGAUUAUGUUUUUUGACCUCACGAUGAAGUAUCUGCUGAUUAUAGUUUUUCUGGCUCCUUGUUGGGUCAAUUGUGCGAUUAAACGAAGAACAACUGAAAAAGAAACACGGAAAAAUGACACCGAAUUCGAGGCUCUGAGCUCAUUGCUGACCAACUUUGAGGUGCUUCCUGGGGCCAGUCUCCGUCAGCACUCUGUCAGGAAGAGGGACGUUGAUGCAGAGUCCCACCUGGAGCGCCUUGUCAGCUUCAGUGCCCUGGAGAGACAUUUCAAGCUUUACUUGACAACUAACACAAACCUGUUCACAGAGGACUUUAAAGCUGUGUUUGUAGAUGAGCAGGGGAAGGAGGACCUCUAUGACAUACAGCUGCAGAACUACUUCAUUGGACAUCUUGUAGGCGAGGAGAACUCCCGGGUCCAGGCACACAUGGAUGGGCACGAGUUCUCUGCUCACAUCCUUACAGAGGAAGCGGAGUACAAUGUAGAGCCGCUGUGGAGGUUCACUGAGGGUCCGUCCGAUGGGCGUCUGCUUGUCUACCGCUCUGAGGACAUCCGGAAUCUCAGCCGUCUGGCUUCCCCCAAGGUCUGUGGCUACAUCCACGCUGGGUCUGAAGACCUCCUGCCCCAGAGCGCUGGAGUGAGGGAGCCCCAUGAUGAUUCCCUCCACAGAGAGAAGAGAUCGUCCUACAACCACAAGAGGAACACCUGCCCUCUUCUCCUGGUUGCUGACUACCGCUUCUUCAAACACAUGGGCAGAGGAGAGGAGAGCAUCACACUAAACUACCUGAUUGAGUUGAUUGACAGAGUGGAUGACAUGUUCAGGAACACUACGUGGGAUGACGAGUUCACAGGUUACGGCGUUCAGAUCCAACAGAUUAUCAUCAACAAAGAACCCACCAGUGCCCCGACCUCUGCUGGGAAAGGCUGGAGCCACUACAAUAUGCAGGGAAGCCCCAUCGAAGGCAAGGAUGUGUGGGACGUAAAGAAACUACUGGAGAAAUUUAGCCUGGAUAUUGCUGGAAAUGCCAGCAUGGUAUGUCUGGCCCACCUGUUCACUUACCAGGACUUUGAUGAGGGAACCCUGGGUCUGGCGUACGUUGCCCCCUCCAAGGCCAUGGCUCUGGGGGGACUCUGUCCCAAACCUUAUUUCCCAUCUAGCUCUGUGAAGACGCCCAGUUACCUCAACACCGGUUUAACCAGCACCAAGAAUUAUGGCAAAACCAUUCUAACCAAAGAAGCAGAUCUGGUGACGACCCAUGAGCUGGGCCACAACUUUGGGGCAGAACAUGACCCUGACAAUGUCCCCUACUGUGCCCCAAGUGACGACCAUGGGGGCAAGUUUGUUAUGUACCCCAUCGCCGUGAGUGGGGACCAUUACAACAACAAGCGCUUCUCUAACUGCAGUAAGACCUCCAUAGGCAAGACACUGCGCAUCAAGGCACCUAUCUGCUUCAAGGAAAGGAACAGCAAAGUGUGUGGUAACUCUCGUGUGGAGGACGGAGAGGAGUGUGAUCCAGGCCUGCUGCACCUCAACAGUGACCCAUGCUGCUCUGCAAACUGCAAGUUCAAACCCAAAUCCCAGUGCAGUGACCGGAACAGUCCGUGCUGUAAGAACUGCAUGUUUGAGCAGGCCGGAAAGACGUGCCAAGAGCCCAUCAAUGCCACCUGUAAGGGUGUGUCCCUUUGCACAGGGCUUAACAGUGACUGUCCCAACCCAGACAAUGCCCCGGACCAGACCGUCUGCGUGGACAGUGGGAGGUGCAGCAAGGGGGAGUGUGUUCCCUACUGUGUGGCCAUGCAUAACCUGCUACCCUGCGCUUGUAAUGAGACAAAGAACUCGUGUAAGGUGUGUUGCCGGGACAAAAGUGGCAUCUGUACUCCCUUUGUCCAAAAUGACGGGAACUUCCUGUACCUACGCAAGGGAAAGCCGUGCACCGUGGGCUUCUGUGACGAGGGCGGAAAAUGUAUGAAACAAGUCCAGGAUGUGAUCGAGAGAUUGUGGCAUUUCAUCGAUAAGCUGGACAUCAACACAUUCGGGAAGUUCCUGGCUGACAACAUUGUGGGAUCUGUGGUGGUGUUCUCUUUGCUGUUCUGGAUCCCUUUCAGCAUCCUGGUUCACUGUGUGGAUAAAAACCUGGACAGAGAGUAUGAGGAAAACUCCAAGACCAUUUAUUUUCCCAGCCAGAUGGUUGAAGUGCCCGUGUGUUGUGGAGAUCCACUCUCUGAACGCAGAGAUGCUGAGCAGUCUGGAGUCAGCCUCCGUCCGCAUCGUCAAGCCACCUCCGCCUCCCGCCUUUAUUUCCGGCGCUCAGAUCCCACCCCACUCCCUCCCUCCUCACCCGCCCACGGGCCCGUGUGCCUCAGGCAGCAGCAGUACCCUAGCCCCAGGCUCGGCUUCGGGCCCUGGCCUUUCACCGGUGAGCGGGGCGGUGGAAGGCCUGCGCAUGGAAACCAUCCAGGAGGAUCCGGUCUGCGACUCUCACCUCGACCCGGCCGAGGGCGACUUCUCUCCUCCCGCAGGUUCCAACGGCACCAAGUCAUCCUACGAGGACCUGACAACGGACCAGAACACGCCGCGGGCGGGUCGCCUGGACAAACGGCGCCUCACGAGGCAGGCCUGUGUCGAGGACAGUAAAGAGACCCAGUGCUGAGGGAAUGCCUUCACAGAGUGGUCUGAGGUAAUGUGGUCCGGACAGUCCAGUAUAGAUACCUAGCCCAAAGAACCACACACACUCCUGCAUAUUCAUGAACACACUAGCACCAUAUCACACAUACUGUAUAGUACAAACUUGAAAACAUGAGUAAACAUUUGUCCACAAACUGUUGAAGUAAACUCUGACGUGUAGAGCCUGGGAUUCUAGUUACACAGUGCUGGUUGGUGGGCAGAGAAAAGGUGUCUUGUUGGAUUUCUGCGAAGGGCACAGGCCCAUGUGGGAUUAGCUACAUGUAGAUUACAUAAGGUCACUUUGUAGGGGAUUUAUGAGUAAUGGGGCUCUGAUGUUAUUGACUGCUGCAGCUUAGGACUGUCUAGGUAGUGAAUUAAAUGCAUCUUUGGGCAUCUUAUUUGUGCCUUUUAUAGUUUCAAGGGUCAAAGCCACGUGCUUCCAUCAGGCACCACUCAGUAAGAUAGAUGCCAAUCAGUCCAGUCUUUUGUAGUUAAUGGUAUUUUUAAUGUUGCCUCUUUCCAUUGUCAUGUCAAUAAAAUGUGAUUUCCCUUUUUUUCAAUUUUUUUUUAUAUUUCCUUAUUUUUUUCAUGUUUCAAAAUAUUUUAGAAUGUUGUUCUAGUGCUUAUCACAAUGCUGUCAACAGCUGGUCUUAUGAGCUUGAACUGCACCUCUGUGAAACAGUAUUUUGGUGACGCCUACAAUUAACCACUGCUAACAUUGCUGAUGAACUGGAUGCCAUAGCAUAGUUCUAAAAGGUAGAACGCUUGAAAGGGGUACACUGUAUUUUCUGGUAGUUAAAACCAAACAGAUGAGUACACUACCAGAGAUUCAGACUAGCAAUUAGACAUCACAGGAUACUACCAGAUGAACAUCCAUGUCACCACUGAAAUAUUAGUUCAAGGAGAAAUCAUUUACAGUGUUAUGCCUGCACAAAGUUUCAUGUGAACGUUUUUCAACCCAAAGUAAUUUAGUUAGCAGCACUUGGUAAGAUGAGAUGCCAUUGAAGCAAUGCAGAAAUGUACUGUGUUUUUAUGUCUCUAGUCAAUACUUUUCUAUGCAGUCAGAUAUAGUUUGUUGGUUUUUGUUCUACAGAAAGACUAGUGCCUUAUUGCGGAAGCUGAGACAGAUUGUUUUAUUGUGUCCCCAUUUUGGUUGCAAUAAUCUACUGUAAGCAAUGUCUCUUACCCAGCUGGAACGUGUGCUGACUACUGUAGCCUGACAGCCAGUGUGAGUGUUGUCCUCCACUUUGUGUUUGAAUAUUGUUGUGCCAAUGAUGUAUGAAUAUCUUCUGGUGGAACGUUACACUAAAAUAUUGUUUUAGUCUUUUCACUGUUUCCUGUAUCUUAAACAAUCAGUACAAAUGUUGAUUCUUAUGAAAUGUCUUGUGGGUCAAGGGUGUUCUUCAGCUAUGCUAUAACCAUGCUUACAGGGUCUGGAUAUUUAUCUUGAUCAUAAACCUUCAUCAGAGGAUUAACUGUAGCAGCUGAGGAACAACUCAUUGACUCUCUUUAAUCUUUUAUAUAAAAGCCUCUAUGCUAAUAAAUGUAAUAAAGGAAUUCCACAAAAUAA